AUGGAGGCCGCCGCGGCAGAACCAUCGGAGCUGCAGCAGCUUGGGAGAGAUGAUUUGUUGAAGCUCUUAGAGAAGCAGGCUGAGCAGCAAAAGACGUUGAAGGAGCAGCUCGCGGCUGUCACCAAGGAAAAGGACGAUGCUUUGGCCCAACUCUCCGUCGUUUCGACAAGUAAUCGCAGGGCAGAAAGCCCUGAAAAUGAUCGUGAACAACAGCUCGAAGACCUACGCCUGGAGUUCGAAGCAAAACUGGCAAAGGAAAAAUUCGCGUCUCAAGAAGUCAACAGCUCUCUGAAAGCUAUGAAAAUGGCAUUGGCGGAUUAUGAUAAACAACCCGGCUUGGGAAUCGUGGAAGCAGAGUUGGCCAAUACAAAGCAAUUCAGCGACCACUUGGAGAAGGCGUUAGAAUGUGCAAAAGCCGAAGCUGAAGAGCUACGACUCCAAAAGCAGGACGCCGAAAGUCAGAGGAUAGAGUUAAUGCAGGUGAAGAUGGACGAGGACAGCCAUAGUUCGUGGGAAGUGGUGGAUUUGACAAAUGAGCUAUCGCAAAACUCCGAGCAGAUCGAGUCAUUAAGAUCAGCUCUGGUUUCUGUUGAGACGGGGCCAAGCUUCUGUGACUUCACGGUCGCUGUACAACACGCCAUCAUGCGAUAUAUGGAUGUGAAGGACUUCUUCAAAACAGCCAUCACCAGCAAGAAAACGCUAGAGGUGGCCAAGGAAUGCAGCGACAAGCAUUGGGAUGAUGUCAGCAUUUUGGAAGAUGGGGCUGAUGCCCGAGAUUCGCAUGGAGGCCAAUCGGACAACGCGAUCGGGAUUGGAGGCAUAUCUGCAGGUGAUACUUGCGGAAUGGCAAGCCGGCGUGCGCGAAGUCCGGAUAAUAAACCUGGUCUCCAACCCACUUUUCGACACAAU